GAGUUUUCUUCCAGGAUUACUAAGUUUGUUCUUUCUUCUAUCUUCCCAUCAAGUCAUUCCAACUUUUGCAUAGUUCUUUUGCCACUAUAUUUUAUUGCAGGGAAGAUGUGUGUAUGGUAAUAUAUGGUGCAAGUCCUUUUCCACACUAGGUAAUUUUGCAUGUGGGGCAAAAAGGCAGUCUUCUCUGAAAAUGUUUUACAACAUUUCAGGUUUACUUCACUAUCAGGCCCAUUUGUCUUCUGUUUAACAGUUACCCCAUCCCUGCUAAAUAAAGGGGAGUCACAGCAUGAUGCUGGCACUUCUUUAUGAGUAUGACUUUGGAAAAGGUGAAAACAUGCGUCAGGAAAAUUGCAAGGUUAUAUAGAACUCUCAUGAGAUAAAAAAACAAACAAAAAACUACUUUUACUUUGAAAAAUAUAACCGGAAAUUGCCUGUCAGCUGGUCAUCCUUGACAGAAUGUAAAGAAGAAGACGGGGGGUGGGGGGGGUCAAAUCCGAAAGCUCAGGACGGGUUUCAGAGUAUGUCCUCCCCGGUAGCUGGAGGAUAAACCCCGGACGGGAUGCUUGUGUCCCCCCGGCUCUUCCCGCUGUUCUGCCCCCGCCUCGGUCGGGACGCAUGAAGCCUCCGCCGAUGCAGACCCGACCUGCCAAAGCGAGGCGGAAAGCUGCGGGGGACACCGAGCAUGUACUGGCGCGUCGUCGGCUUCGCCUGGACGGGGUCGUGUGUGGUUGCUCUCGGCCGGAACCGGAGCUUCGAUGAGCAGCUGUCGCUUUACGGGUACAUCGUCGCCCACCCUCUGCAGGACCACGGCGGGAUGAUGUCGGCGCUGGGCUCGGACUCGUGGUGGAGGAAGACUCUGUAUGUGACCGGAGGCGCUCUGCUGGCUGCCGCUGCCUAUCUGCUGCACGAACUGCUGACCAUCAGAAAAGAAGAGGAGCUGGACUCUAAAGAUGCCAUCAUCCUCCACCAGUUCUCCCGGCCCAAAUCUGGGGCCCCUUCCCUCUCCCCCUCCUGCCUUAAACUGGAGACCUACCUCCGUAUGGCCGACCUGCCCUACCAGAACUACUUUGACGGGAGGCUGUCGCCGCAGGGAAAGAUGCCGUGGAUCGAGUACAACCAGGAGCAGGUCUACGGCACCGAGUUCAUCGUCGAGUUUCUGGAGGAGAGGCUGGGCGUGAGCCUGAACAAGAGCCUGACGCCGCAGGAGAGGGCCUUGUCUCGCGCCAUCACCAAAAUGGUGGAAGAACACUUUUACUGGACUAUGGCUUACUGCCAGUGGGUGGACAACCUGGAGGAGACUCAGAAGAUGCUGUCGGUGAGCGGACCAUUGAGCGACCUGCUCAAGUGGAUCCUGAGUCACCUGACGGGCGGGAUCGUUAAGAGGGAAAUGUACGGCCACGGGAUUGGACGGUUCUCUAAGGAGGAGGUCUACAGCCUCAUGGAGAAGGACAUGCGAACCUUGGCCACCUUGCUAGGCGAUAAGAAGUACAUCAUGGGCUCCCAGCUUUCAGCAAUAGAUGCUACAGUGUUUGGCCACCUGGCUCCGGCCAUGUGGACUCUACCAGGAUCCCGACCGGAGCAGCUCAUCAAAGGCGAGCUCAUCAACCUGGCCAUGUACUGUGAGCGCAUCCGCCGGCGCUUCUGGCCCGAGUGGUUCGUGGACCUGGAGGACUUCCGCUACGACCUGGCCACCGAGCUCAGCGACAUUCCAUCCAAGCUCCCAGACCUGGGCCUCUACUCUCGCACAGACACCUCCCAGGAGACGAUUUACUCGCACACUUCUCCGCUUUCCCAUCUCUCCCACCUCUCUCACCUUUCGCACACUCCCACCCCACAGGAGCCCCCGUCGCCCGUCAGUGACCCCACGGGCCACUCGCUCUAUGACUCCGACAUGGACACCGAGUGCUCUGAAAUAGAACAGCUCAAGUGUUGACAAAACACGGCGCACACACUCAUAGGUACACACACCCAGCGGGGGGGGAGCUAGAGCUCACCUACCUCUUUGAACAUUUAAUAGCUGGAGAUUCCUUGUGUUGGUACAGAUCUACAGAGCAGGAAGAGGUGUCUCUGCAAAUCUCCAGUGGAGGAAGAAAGCAGCCAACAAAAAAAGCAACAGGUUGCAAAGUUAAAAGGAGAAAAUGAGGCGGCUGCUGCUGAUAGAUUCCUCCUGGUUCUCCACGUCGUCGGCAGGCAAAACACUUUUACACACUUGGCAUCUUGGUGAUGAUGGCAGCUACUUGUGCGCGCGCCCGCAGUGUUUCCUCGUAGCAACGUGCGCCACCAUUCAGCCGCGUGCGUGUUUUCCAUUGACUGGUCCUUGAACGCCUCGCGGUGAAGUUACGUCAACACCUGCAGCUACGCCAGACUGAAUCCAAGCCGUUCAGUGUAAAUAUUUCUAGGAAUCAAAGUAAAUUAAUGGAUAGGAUACGGAAUUAUAUUAUGCAUAUAAAGUGUGUAGAUAAUCUGAAAACUGAAACUUAUUUCCUUUGUUAUAUAAUGUAAAUAUUGUUAGUGUUUCUCCUUUAAAGUCCAGUUUAUGGUGGUCCUCGAUCAGCAAGAAGACCCCUGAAAACUUCUGUCCUGUGUCCCAUCUGCUUUCGCUACACGGAUCGAAGUAAUACCUGCAGUCACAUCUAGAAGAGUAGAAUGUAUCCCACAUAGGAAUUUAAAAUUUGUGCACAUGCCAUCUAUCACUUCUGUACACCUUGUUUCCAAAGAGCCAGACUGACUUAUUAUUUUUCAAAGUGGUUUCGAUCAAUGGCUGACAAAUCAGUUUCCUUUCAAAGUUUGCUAAGCCACUUAACUUUGUGCUAUGCUUCAUUAUGGCAUAAAACAAACAAUGUUCAGGAUUUACACACAGGCUAAAAAUUUAUUAAACUUAUUUUUACUUAUUUUAGGACUUUUGCUGCAUGUCUUUGCCUUUCUCUCUCUGCCCACUUGUUGUCUGCUGACUGUCAAUAAAGGCCUCUAGUGCCAAAGAAAAUCCUGAAAACAACAACAACAAAAACAACAUACAGUUUGUUCCGAUUUUCUCACCCAAAUCUUUGAAAAUCAGAGAAAAGCUGCAUAAGUCUAGAGCAAUUUUUAAAAGACCACGUUUAAAGAUGACUGAAAAAAGUCUGGCUCUUUAUUGCUGACAAAUCAUUAGCAAAGUGAUGAAUGGUUUUAUACUUUUACACAUCAUGUUUUUACUUUGGCUACAGCUUUGGCUAAAAGAAACAUUUAAGAUGCAUUCAAGCAUUAAGAGCGUGUAAAAAAAAAAAAAAAGACUAAAUUCUCACAUGUUGAAUUAAAGCGCAUGGCUGGUACGUGCCCACAAAACUAUGCCUUUAGGCUUCUGUUCAUUUAAUCAUAGGUUGCCUGGUUAAGUCUGAUGUUGUGUUAAUUUCUUAUUUUUUAGCUACAGAAGAGAUAAAGCCCCAGCUGGUUCGUGGUGUUGUUUUGGAUCUGCAGCAUGAAGGUGUAGGGCUUAUGUGUGUUUGUCAGUCAACAAAUGCUCACAGUGCACCAGCCGGGGCGUCUGGAAAGCUGCUUGAGAUGGAAAAUAUUCACCUUUCUAUCCAAUCUUGGGUUCACUUUGUUUUUGUUGCCGUGUGCGUUUGAAUAGUGAUACGUUGCUUCAGCUUCAGCAGAUCUGAACUUUAUUCAUUGUCCCUGUGGCAAAAAAAAAAAGAAAAAAACUUUGCAGAAACAGUUUUUUUCUGCCAUCAAAGCUGCCAGUCUUUCACAUCUGAAGAUUAGAGAUUUCUGACCAUUGUUCUUUGCAAAAUAGCUCAAGGUCUUAUUGCAUGGGUAAUUGUAUCUACAUAUUCUCCCACCCGAGCUUUGAAAAUCUGAACCUCCUCCAGAGUUAUCUCUCUUGGCUACUUGUCUUGGUGGAUUUGAUGAUGUUUUCAUUCUGUGAGAUGUUGGGAGCUCGGGAUACUGUUUUCUAACCUUACCCCGCUUUAGACGACUCCGCGACUUCCUCCAUGACUUGCCUUGCUGUGUUCCUUGGUCUUCAUCGUGCCGUUUGUUCACUAAUGCUCUCUGACAAAAACCUCUGAGGCCUUUGUAGAACAGCUGGAUUUGGUUAAAUGACACGCAAAGACUUCUGCUGUUAGAUGCACUGGGUUUUUUUUGGGUUUUUUUUUUUCAUGGGUAUCCACACCACACAUUGCAGAUAAUGACUUGUUAAAGUUUAGGAAAAUAUGCACUACUUUUUGUUGUUUCGUCACUUAAAUCCCAACAGCAUGCACUGCUGGAGACAAACAUGAUAAAAUGGGAAAAAGCUCUUGCUGCAUUUUGCAAGACAAGAAAAAAACUACAGAAUUUCUGGACUAAUAUCAAGGAAGAAGAAUUCCUUCACAAGUUACUGUAUGGGAGAGACCUUGAAGUAGAAGUUUAGUGAUGUGAUUAAGUACUGAAAAAUGCAAACCUUUUUUUUUUUUAAUGUUUCAUCUUAAUAUUUUUCUCCUGCAUGAUAUUGCCUUUUGGCUCUACAAAGUUCAGGUUUGCUCUAUUGUUUACAAGAGUGCCAGUAUAUGCUUUAAAUAUUUUUCGUAUUAGUUCUUUUUAUAUAUGUUGACUAUAUUUAGAUUAUUUUACCAAUGCUGGUUGAUUUAAUGUAAUUGUUUUGUUCUUGUCUUUAUGUGCUCAUAUUUUGACAGUGUUUCUUAUGUUUACAUGUUGCUCUCAGAACAAUAUGUUGAGCUGUGUAUCUGUGCAAUAAUGUACAUUCUCCUUUGAUCUGCAGACAUAAAAAAAAACUGGGCAAACAUUUUCAUGCUUCCCGCUUUUUGCAUGAUCGACCCAGUUUUCGGGUGAUUCUCCGUAAGUGCUGCAUGAAGUUCAAACUUUCUCCUCCUUCCUUUCAGGAUGACGGGAGGUUUCCCUCGCCACACGACCAAACUGCAGAAACACCGGCUUAACUCUCGCGUAUAGUCGCUCCCCCCGCCAUCCCUGGACAUUUUCGGCUUGUAGACUCUAGGCGCUGCCUCACUUUGUCUCUCCGUGUUUGUGCAACAAACUUGUGAAAUAUCAUCUGGCUGUAAAUAAGAGAUAGUAAAAAAAAUAAAAUAAAAUCUAAUUAAAACGCCAACAUGGCCUACGAGGAAAUGCUGUGUAAGAUUUUCAGAAUGUACCACAACUAGAGAUAAACGGCUGUAUGAAAAUUGAUUCAUUUCAAUAUUUCAUUAAAAAUAGCUGUGAUU